CGUCGAUGUUGACGAGGCAGCGACUGAGUGACACUCGAUAUCGGCCGGUGAAUGUCAAGGUAGUUGUUCAUAUGGAAUGGCAUCAGUUAUCAUCCUGCUUGUCAUCACCCUCACCACGGUCAUCAGUAGUGACCUAUGCCCCGCCAGCUGUCGCUGCGAGGACGAACAUUUACGUGCAUCCUGUGUCUUCGCCAGUUUGGACGUUGUGCCGAUUCAGCUGAACCCCGAAAUCCACCAUCUGGAUCUGUCCAACAAUCGCAUCGCCUCCCUCCAACACGAGGUUGGCCUCUACAAUAAUCUCGAGAGCUUAGACUUAUCGUCAAACAUCAUCCACACACUGGGCUACGAGAAUUUUCAGUGGUUAGAGAAUCUGAUCACACUAAAUGUCAGCAACAAUGCCGUCCGUAAUAUCACCAAGAAGUCCCUGAAGGGUCUUAUCUCUCUGAGGAACCUCGACCUCAGUAACAACAAUAUAACAGAUCUUGAGGAGCAGUCAUUUCACUCCACUAAUAAACUGGAGUAUCUGAAUCUUAGUGGCAACUCACUGAUGAGCUUGCCGAAGGGAUUAUUGAAUAAUCUUCCCUCAAUAAUCAUCCUCGAUUUAUCAAGGAAUUCACUCCUCGAAAUGCCAUCUAGUAAUCUCCUCCUAACUCCAACAUUAGUAAAUUUAAAUUUGGCCACCAAUUUUAUAGAAACGAUUCCCCCCGACUCACUGAGUACGCUCACAUCCCUAAAAUACUUGAAUCUCGCCAACAAUCUAAUAAAAAGCAUCGCCGAUAAUGCAUUCCAACGAUUGAAAAUCCUCACUUACCUCAAUCUCGAAGAAAACCAUUUAUCGGAAAUACCAACCGCAGCGUUAUCGAAACUCAAUGUUUUAUCCAUUCUUAUCCUAUCCAAGAAUCGUUUAGCCACAUUGGAAUCAUUGGCAUUUAGAAAAUUACUAGAGCUCCAAUAUUUGGAUCUUCGGAGCUGCAGAAUCAGGAGAAUAGAUGGAUGUGCAUUCGCAGACAAUGUGAAUCUAGAGACAAUUUAUCUAGAUGGUAAUCGAGAGCUGGAGGAGUUACCCCCAAAAGUUCUGUAUGGAAGCUACCAGAAUCUUCGAACAGUUUCUCUCCGUCAUUGCAGCCUAUCAACAUUGCAACCAACGCAGUUUCCACUUGAUCAUCUGACGACAUUCAGGGUAGGUGGAAAUCCUCUAGUCUGCAACUGCUCUGUCCAAUGGUUGUGGAACGUCAUCCACACAGAGGGACAGAGAAAUGAGAGUCAUCUGGAUGUAGACAGCAGUGACAUCCUCUGCGCUGAUGAAGAAUUUUACAGUAAACCUUUGAUGGGACUGUCUGAAGGCUCUUUGAAAUGUCGGAUGAGCUCUUUAUAUCUGAGUUUGUCCGCCGUGGGUUGUCUUGUAGCAACCGGGACAAUUCUCGGGCUCAUAGCAUACGUUACACGAGGAAAACGACAAAAACGUCCUUCUUACUCACCACCAAACAGACCCGAACUUCUUGUUUAUGUUGAGCCAAACAAUGAUACAGCUAAGAAUCAACCAAGACUGAUACCGAGAAAGGAGGAGGGUCUUUAUGAUCUACCUCACGGCAAAACCAACGGGAUUGCAGAGGGCUUCUACGAGGCGCCAUAUUGCAAUCGCAACAACUCCAUUGAGGGAGUAUACGCGGUUACGGAUGUGACAGACCUCAGGGAUGAACCGCCGGAAGAACUCGGGCUCUAUCGUAUGCACAGCCCCAAACCAUCCAGGACACGGCGGUUACCCAUGCCCAAUGGCGAUUACAACUACGAUUAUGAGUUUCGGCCGUCUCAGAAACCUCACGUAGUUUUCGUUUGAAUGGAUGAACACCGCUUUACGUCCCUUUUGCGACUUGGUGUAUAAAACGUUAAUGUUUUGGCUUUUGUGUGACGGAGUUUAACAACUUCGUGAUG